AUGGCUUUGAAAGAGAGAUUUUCUUCAUCGCCUGAAACGUCGUCGUGUGGAGAACGUUACGUAAGCUGGGAAGAGGUAGUGGUGUCGAUGGAUAAGGGUGGAAGGGAGGUUCGUUAUUUUCUGAAAAAGAAAGGCGGUGGUUCGGAUCUCGCUCUUAUAGGUAAAGAGAAGAGUCCGAGGCAUAUGUCUUAUCACUAUGCCAUAAGAGACUCUUCUCUGGGUCCUUUUGUAAAACUCAAAUCGCGUAGACAUGUUGUUGAUUGGUUGGAUUCAAUUGUUUCAUAUUCUUCUUCCGGGGAAGCGACCAUGGUUGUUGGGAAUUAUAGUUUUGAACAUGAGAUUGGAACCUUGAAGGAUAAUUACACGCCAAAGCUGCGCAAUUGUACACAAGAAUUUUCAUGGAUAGGCUUACCGUGGACAUGUAGGAAAAGAAGAAAUCACUAUCAGUCAUUUAUGCGUAAUGGUUUUCAGAUAUCUGCGAAUGAUUUUGUGUUUGUUUUAGCAGAAGAGAACAAACGUCUGGUUGCCUACUUGGAAGACUUGUACGAGGAUUCCAGAGGCAACAAGAUGGUUGUAGUUCGCUGGUUUUACAGAAUUGAUGAGGUUGGUAUUGUUUUACCUCACAGUUUUAGUGACAGAGAAGUUUUGUUUUCUCUUUUUCUUCAAGAUCUGAGUAUUGAAUGCAUAGAUGGUUUGACUUCCGUCCUCAGUCCCCAGCACUUCGCAACUUAUCGGAAUGAAGUUCGUCACGCCUGUCCAGAACCAUUUGUGUGCAGCAAGAAGUUUGAUAAUGAUGAUGUCAAACACUUUGAUAUAACUCAAAUUAAGGGUUAUUGGAGACAGGAAAUAUUGAGCCACAUGUGUGCCAACUUAGGCUCAAAGUCUAAUUGGAGUUCAGGGCAAUCAGAAGAUGGCCCAGAAGUUGAAGAAAAUCUCCAGUCCUCUUCUGGGAUCAGACCUAUGAAGAGACAGCGUUGUACAAAAGUUGACGGAACAGAUGCUGUUGAGUUAGUUGCAAUUGAAUCAGAAAAUUUGAGUAAUUGUAAAAUUGUUGCCAAAACCUGCUGUGGCAACAAUUCCUUAAAACUGGGCACCAUUAAAAAGGCAAAUGAACCUGCUUCACAUUAUUUAGCUGUAGGUUCCAAAGUUGAGGUCCUCUCUCAAGACAGUGGUAUUAGAGGAUGUUGGUUUAGAGCUUCAAUUAUCAAGAACAGCAAAGAUAAAGUGAAGGUACAAUAUCACGACCUCCAGGAUGCUGAGGAUGAAGCUAAGAAGCUUGAGGAAUGGAUUUUAGCUUCUAGAAUUGUGGCACUUGAUGAUCUCGGUCUUCGACUACCUGAGAGGACCAAGAUCCGACCACAGUCAAACAAAAGUGGAAAUUCAUUUGUGGCUGAUGUUGGUUACAUUGUUGAUGCCUGGUGGCAUGAUGGAUGGUGGGAAGGCAUUGUGAUUCAAAAAGAGCUUGAUGCUCGAUAUCAUGCCAAAUAUAAUGUUUAUUUCCCAGGUGAAAAGACGGUCUCAGUUUUUGGUCCUAGUAACUUACGGCAUUCUCAAGAUUGGACAGGGAAUGGGUGGGUGAAAUUAAGGGAAAGGGCAGAUAUUGUUACUUCUAAAUUAUCAUUAUCAAGCUUGAGCACAAAACAAAAUUUAUGCACAUCUUAUAACGAAAAAGCAAACGCAGUACCUAUGGGGGAUGGAAAACAAUCUAAGCAGACUGAUAUCCACUCAGGUUUUUAUGAAAAGGAUAAAUCUUUUAUAAAGCCUGAGGUUGUUCCGGAUCUUUUGAAGGAUGUUUUGUCAUCUCAGUUAAGGUGGAAGUCAUCCCGGAAAAGGAAUCAAGGCCGGACCUCUCCCCUGAAGCAAAAGUGCAGUGAUAGACACAGAAAAUUGUCCCCAUCUUUUCUGGAGUCUGAUGAAUCAGAUAGUUUUGUGAUUCCAGCUUCAUUGAAAGAUGACCAUGAUGACUAUAAAUACCAGGGAGAUCCUUCCAUUUUCAGUUCCUCUGUCGUCCCAUCUUUAACCAACAUGGUUAUGUGUAGAUGA